AGCUGCGAUGACGCCGGUGGUGGACGAGACAGCAGGAGACCUCCCAGUCAGGGAUGUGGGACUGAUGAGAGGGGGACUGAUGCCAACUGUCCCAGACAAUCUGCGUGACGUCAAGCCACUGAAGAAGCACCAUGUCAUGAAGACUAAAGCAGAUCCUCAGCGCCUGUUUCGGUUCCCCAGGGAACACCUGGAGGACCUCUGUCUCCGACUUCAGGAGGAGAACAGCGUGUUGAGACAACACACGCGUAUACAAGGACAGAGGCUACGCAGGAUGUCCACGAGGCUGAUGCGUCUUCGCCAGGCCCGCCCUGGGUCCAGUGGUGUGAAGGACAGGGACAUGGAGGACACCAUACAGGAACUGGAAGCUCGAGUGGCGAUGCUGGAGAGCCAGAAACGAGUGCUACAGAACAAACUCAGCCUGGCCAAGCAGCACAUCAUGGACCUGGGAGCACGAACGCCCUACAAGUACAGCAAAAGUAAAAAUCUGGAGGUGGAGGGUGGAAUCAGGAGGGCAGCCCAGACUGCACCGCCCCGAUACGGACCCACAGUGGAAGACACCAGAGCAGAAAUGGAGAGAUUCAGGUCCAGUGUGACGGAGCAGGUGAGGGUGAGCGAGCUGGAGGUGGCUGCCCAGACUCUCAGAGACACGCUGAGAGAGAAGGAGAAAGAGAUUGAGGGAACAGUUAAAGAGAUGAGGAAGCAACAGGCCGACAGACACAGAACAACUAUCAGAGAGAACGUGGAUAUUAUCCGUCUACAGAAGCAACUUUCAGACAAGAGCGCAGCCUUGAGAGUCACCCAGGAGAAAUUCACUGACCUGCAAGAGGCGUACGAGCAUCAGCUAGAAGAGGGUCAGAGGUCACUGAGGGAAAGCCAUUCAGCCCUGCUGGAGAAAGUGGAGCAGUUGACAGAACAACUGAAGCAAGAAAGACAGAGGGCCCUGGAACUGGAGGGACAACUCACCUCCACCACUCUGUCUCGACAAACCCUGGACAAGCUCCAAGAAAGGAUAUCAGACUUGGAAGGAGAGAGAGAUCUGAUUAAAAAGAACUACGACACUCUGCUAGAAAGGACUUUAUCUGCCCAAAGCAGCCUUCAUGGUCACGUAGAAAAACAUAGAAACGUGGACCAGAUGAGGGAGAAGGCAGAGGAAAACAUCUGCAGCACGGAUAUCAUGAGACUGGAGCAAAUGCUUCAAGCAGAGAGGCAGGAAAGAGGCCGUCUGGAGCUGGAGGUGGAACGACUGAGGCAAGAGAACGAGAGAGUGGAAGAGCAAAGUGGGCAAGAAGGUGAGUUUUCUGUGUUGAAAAGAGACAAACAGGCACAUCUGGAACGGCAGAUACUCCAGUACAGGGAGCAGGUAUCUGCUCUGGAGGACAGACUGGACUCUGUCACCAAGGAGUUUGACAUGAGCGUCGAGGAGCUCAGUGAAACUCUUUUGCAGAUCAAGGCAUUCAGGAUGCAGCAGGAGAGCAGGGAGAACCUGCACUUUCUCUUAUCUGAUGGGAAGGUGGACGAAUCGUCCCGUGAGCUGGUCAACAUCCAGGCGUCGCACGCCGAGACCGUGCUCGAGCUGCAGAAAACCAGAGACCUUCUACUGCUGGAGCACCGAAUCACUCAAGACCUGCAGGAGGAGUUAAAUAUGGUGAAGCAAAGGGUGGAGAGGGAGACGGAGGAGAGCAGGAGGAGGAUGUCGGAGAAAGACAAACUUUUAGCGAAAAGAACUCUGCAGAUCAAUUCUUUACAAGCUCAGCUGAAGGAGUUAGCAUACAGCCCCAGGAACUACAAACGGACCAUACCAGUACAGUACACUUGGCCAGCUGGAGAUCAGGAGAUGGUACAGCCCAGUGAGGAUGACAUGUCCUUCUCUCAGCUGAAGGCUGGCGAGUCUUUGCUGGAGAUCCACCUUAAGGCCGCCACCUUCACCCCAGCUGGGCUUCGUGUUAUGGGCAGCGUCCAUCCCGGAGCUGGCAGAAGUGAAGGCAUUGUGACCUUCUGCACCUACAGCCUUCUGGACUUUGAGGUGCACUCCACGCCUCUGGUGUCGGGAAGUCAACCCAGCUAUGGCUUCACGUCUCGCUACGCGCUGACAGUCCGGGAUCUGGGCAGGCUGGGGGGUCAGGGGUCAAGGGUCAGAGUGGAGCUCCACCAGGCGUUGGGAGGAGUCAAGUUUAUGACUCACGGAAGUGGACACAUGUCUCUCAUCGGUGCCAUAGAGAGGAGAGGGGAGCGUAUCGGCGGACGGGUCAAUAUCACCGGACGUGAGGGUGAAAUGGUUGGUGUUGUGGAUUUCUGGGUGCGCCUGUUCCCUCCUGCAGAGCCUGUGGAUGGUGUGGCUGAGAGUGGAACUGAGAGGAGACAGAAGAGUCCCUUUCAGGUCACUUUUGGCUGGCAAGACAUCGGCCAUGAGGAGUUACACGACUAUGGCGGAGGGAUCCCCAAUGAGCUGGUGGUGAUGCUGGAGCGCUGUGUGGGCCUCAGUACUCGAUGGCCGGGACUACUUCCCGACGCAUAUUUGACGUACAGGUUCUACGACCUCCCGCCUCAUGUCUCCAAGACAGCCCAGUGCACAGCUGACCCGGUGUUCAAUGAUGCCACCAGCUACCCACUAGCAGUAACAGCUGACGUGUUGCACUACCUCAGGUCCAGCAGUCUGUGGGUGUAUGUGUUUGACGACAGUGAUGACCAGGUACCACCAGCCUACCUGGCCAAGACCCCCAUCCCACUGAGAGCCCUGGCUACAGGCAGAGAAAUCAGAGGUGAUUAUGUUUUGAGGGAUUCAGCCGGUGGACCGCGGGGCAUGGUCAGAGUCAUGAUGAAAUGGAAGUACCCCUUUCAGCCGACGGCGGGCGCCGCGCCGGGCGGACAGGGGAGAGGGGCAGACAGACAAGUCAGGGCGAUGGAAAGCACUGAGAGUGAGGAGAGGAGACGGGAGGAGGGUGAAGCGUCACAGAGGCCCGUGGCCAAGCCCAGAGUGAAGACUCAGCAACCUGACCCCAAGGAAACCAAAGCUGCGCAGAAAGAGAAAGAAGCCUGGCCUCGGCCUCCGCCCGUCAGACAGAAAAGCUCACAUGUUGUGAGAGCAGAGGGGCCAACGCCUGUGAAACCACCGGACGCUCGUCAGUCUGCGAACAGGAAGAGAUCCACCAAGAGGUCACCUGACCGUCGCCAGAGAACACCUCAUCUGACACCUGAGACCAGACUAGUCACGCCCUCUCACCUACCAACCGCUAAAUCUGCAAAGGAGAAAUCUUCCAGAAAAUCCCCCACCACGUCGAGGAGAAGCUCCUCCAGCGAUGAGAGGACUCAGGACCUUCCCCCUGUGGACCGGGCGUCAGUGGCUGAAGAGGAGAGGAGUGAGAGUGCUGAAGCCGCUGAAUCUUCAGAGUCAAGCUCCUCGCAUAGCGACAUCGUCAUCAUUCCACCAAAACGGAAAAUGAGGAAGGGAGAUAAGCUCAGAGUCGAGAUUCUGUCCCUGACGUUUGAACCGUCCUCGCAUGUGGUUCUGGAUAAGUCGGUGCAGCGUGUCUAUGUGGAAUAUCGGCUGCUGGGCGUCCCAAUGGAGACCACGGAAACACCCAUGUCCCUCCGCAAACCCACGAAGGGGGAGGAGGUUUACUACAACUUCACACGAGUGAUUUAUGUGGAUGGUUCACAGUCGGCCCCACUCAGACAGUAUCUUUACACCAUGUUGGAGGGCACUGACCCCAACCAAGGAAGGCUAAAGUUCACAGUCGUCAGUGAGCCAAUGGAUGACGACGAGGAGUGUGUGGACGUUGGACACGCUUUUCUGGACCUACAGGAACUGUUGCUCACAGGAAACGAUGUCACUGAACAGCAAAUUGACAUUAUGAGUGUGGAUGAAGACAGGGAGGUGAUAGGAAACCUGAAAGUGUCUCUGGAAGCAGCGAAAGCGCUGACUGGAAUAUACCAGGAGUUUCACCAGAAGGACGAGGCCAAGAGCGACGGCGAGACUGACGAGGAGGGAGAAGAGGAGGAAGAGGAGGAGAAAGAGAAAGAAGAAGAGGAGAAAAAAGAUCCGAUACAAACAAUAGAGUAUGAUGAUGACUUCUAAAAGUAGAAACGUAUUGAAAUGUUUAAGCACCAGGAAGUCUUUUCCCUGUUUGUGGCGUUUUCAACAUUUUGAGCAGAAUAAAGUCAUUUUUGAAAGAUAUAAUUAAUGUCCAGUGUUUCCAGUUUUGCAUUUAAUCCACUGCAUCCACAUCAUGUGACUUGUGUUAUAUAAACCCACCCAAACUGGCACAUGAACUCUGAACCUGAAGUUGUUGGUUGUUUUCCUAAGUUGUGUUUAAUAAAAUCAUCUCAAACUACCUCAUCUGUGUACAAGGUAUUAUAACAAAGUGGAGGCGCAUAGUGCACA